UAACUGUCCCCGAGUAUGUCCUUUGCCUCUACAGGGUCAGUGCUGGAAGGACGUCUGUCACCUACUAGUCCCCGUUUCCCAGGCUUCGAUUAUUUGAUGCACAGUAAAUAAAGCCUCGAAGUAGGGGCCUUCAGACUGUAUCCUGCCUGCAGAACCUGUCAGGUGAAGGUAUUUUUCUUUUAAUUUGGCAAGAAGCAAUUUAUUUUUAAAGAGAGGAUGUCUCCUCUGAAGAUACACGGUCCUAUCAGAAUUCGAAGUAUGCAAACUGGGAUUACUAAGUGGAAAGAAGGAACCUUUGAAAUUGUGGAAAAAGAGAAUAAAAUCAACCUAGUGGUUCACUACAAUACUGGAGGAAUUCCAAGGCUGUUUCAGCUAAAUCAUAACAUUAAAAAUGUGGUGCUUCGACCCAGUGGAACAAAACUCAGUCGCCUAAUGUUAACACUACAAGAUAAUAGUUUCUUGUCCAUUGACAAAGUACCAAGUAAGGAUGCAGAAGAAAUGAGAUUGUUCCUAGAUGCAGUCCACCAAAACAGACAUCAUGCAGCCAUGAAACCUCAAGGGUCUGGCAGUUUUGGAGCUAUUCUGGGCAGCCGGACAUCACAAAAAGAAACCAACAGACAGAUUUCUUAUUCAGACAAUCAGGCCUCCUCAAAAAGGAGCAGUUUGGAUACUAAAGAUGAUGCUUCAUUUCGGAAAGUUCUUGGUAGUCCAAGUAGAGGAUCCAUUAAGACUACAGCAGGAAGUGGACUACCUGCCACCCGGACCAUUCCUUCUUUAAUGACUACAUCAACGCCUCUUAGAUCUGGGUUAUUGGAAAAUAGAUCAGAAAAGAGGAAAAGAAUGAUGUCCUCUGGCUCAGAGUUGAAUGAAGAUUACCCUAAGGAAAAUGAUUCAUCAUCGAACAACAAGGCAAUGACAGAUCCCUCAAGAAAAUAUUUAACAAGCAGUCGAGAGAAACAAUUGAGUUUGAAGCAGUCAGAAGAGAACAGGGCAUCAGGACUUUUACCUUUGCAGUCAUCAUCCUUUUAUGGUAGCAGAGCCGGAUCCAAAGACUACUCUUCUGGCAGCACUAACCUGGACAGGACGAAUGUCUCCAGCCAAACACCCUCUGCCAAAAGAAGUUUGGGGUUUCUUCCUCAGCCAGCCCCUCUUUCUGUUAAAAAACUGAGAUUUAACCAGGAUUAUACUGGCUGGAAUAAACCAAGAGUGCCCCUUACCUCUCACCCCCAGCAGCAACUACAAGGCUUCUCCAAUUUGGGAAAUACCUGCUAUAUGAAUGCUAUUUUGCAAUCUCUGUUUUCACUUCAGUCAUUUGCAAAUGAUUUGCUUAAGCAAGGAAUCCCAUGGAAGAAAAUUCCACUCAAUGCACUUCUCAGGCGCUUUGCACACUUGCUUGUUAAAAAAGAUAUCUGUAAUUCUGAAACUAAAAAAGAUUUACUCAAGAAGGUGAAAAAUGCCAUUUCAGCCACAGCAGAGAGAUUCUCUGGUUACAUGCAGAAUGAUGCCCAUGAAUUUUUAAGUCAGUGCUUAGACCAACUGAAAGAGGAUAUGGAAAAACUAAACAAAACUUGGAAGACUGAACCUGUUCCUGGAGAAGACAAUUCGCCAGAUAUUUCCACACCCAGAGCUUUCACUUGUCCUGUGAUUACUAACUUGGAGUUUGAGGUUCAGCACUCCAUUAUUUGUAAAGCGUGUGGAGAGGUUAUUCCCAAAAGAGAACAGUUUAAUGACCUGUCCAUCGACCUUCCUCGAAGGAGAAAGCCACUCCCUCCUCGAUCAAUUCAAGAUUCUCUGGAUCUUUUCUUUAGGGCAGAAGAACUAGAGUAUUCCUGUGAGAAAUGUGGGGGGAAGUGUGCUCUUGUCCGGCACAAAUUUAACAGGCUGCCCAGGGUCCUCAUUCUUCAUUUGAAACGAUACAGCUUUAAUGUGGCUCUCUCGGUUAACAACAAGAUCGGACAGCAAGUCAUCAUUCCAAGAUACCUGACCCUGUCAUCUCAUUGCACCGAAAAUACCAAACCCCCCUUUACCCUUGGUUGGAGUGCACAUAUGGCAGUUUCUAGACCAUUGAAAGCCUCUCAAAUGGUGAAUUCCUGCAACACCAGCCCUUCAACACCUUCAAAGAAAUUUACCUUCAAAUCCAAGAGUUCCCUGGCUUUAUGCCUUGAUUCAGACAGUGAAGAUGAACUGAAACGCACUGUGGCCCUCAGCCAGAGGCUUUGUGAAAUGUCAGGCAAUGAGCACCAGCAGGAAGACCUAGAAAAAGAUUCAAAAUUAAGCAGACUCGAGCCCUAUAAAGCUGAAUUGGAAAACUCAGGAUUCGAAGAAAUGAGUGAAGAAGAGCUUGUAGCGGCUGUCUUAGAGAUAAGUAAGAGGGACUCUUCACCAACUUUGAGUCAUGAAGAUUAUGAGAAACCAACCAGCAGCCCAGAUACUGGAUUUGCAGAGGAUGAUAUUCAAGACAUGCCUGAAAACCCAGAACCUGUGGAAACCGAGAAACCCAAAUUAAUCACAGAGGCAGAUCCUGCCAUUUUUACGGAGAUAACUAAAGACUGCGAUGAGAAUAAAGAAAACAAAACUCCUGAGGGUCCUCAGGGAGAGGUGGAGUGGCUCCAGCAGUACGACAUGGAGCAGCGGGAAAGGGAAGAGCAAGAGCUCCAGCAGGCCUUGGCCCAGAGCCUUCAGGACCAAGAGGCUUGGGAACAGAGAGAAGAUGAUGACAUCAAAAGAGCUACUGAGUUAAGUCUCCAAGAGUUUAACAGCUCCUUUCUGGACUCCCUGGGUUCUGAUGAGGACUCUGGAAACGAGGAUGUUUUGGAUAUGGAGUACACAGAAGCUGAGGCGGAGGAACUGAAGAGAAACGCGGAGACAGGAAACCUUCCUCAUUCCUACCGGCUCAUCAGUGUUGUCAGUCACAUCGGCAGCACUUCGUCUUCAGGUCAUUACAUUAGUGAUGUGUAUGACAUUAAGAAGCAAGCGUGGUUUACUUACAAUGACUUGGAGGUGGCCAAAGUCCAAGAAACUUCCGUGCAGAGUGAUCGAGAUCGGAGUGGUUACAUCUUCUUUUAUAUGCACAAGGAGAUCUUUGACGAGCUGCUGGAAACGGAAAAGAACUCUCAGCCACUUCCUGCAGAAGCAGGAAAACCUGCUCAGCAAGCCUCAUGAGGGCCAGCUGUCAUCGCUGGGGGCGGAAGUGUGUGCUGUGGCCCCUCCUGCCCGGCCUCCCUCCUCGCCUCUCUCUGCCCCCAGAAAACCUGGAACUCUGCUUAUGCAGGAGCAACACACAGCUCAGGGCCAAAACACAAGAUGAAAAUUGCAAUUAUGCUGAAUGCUCCAUGCUGACUAUUUUAUGGGAACCUUGGUCACACAUCUGUAGCUGAUUAUCUUUUUUUUUCUCCUACAAGAAUGGCACUUAGAAAAUAUGUUGUAAAUAUGUAUGUGUACAUACAUUCACACACACACACAUAUAUAUAUAUAUAUAUAUACAGAAUGGAUGGAGUCUAAACAAGCUAGGGUGAGUCAUCCAACAGCAGUUUGGAGAGGAGAUGAAGGUGCAAGAGAGCCUGUCCACUGGAGAAGUGUGGGAAGAGCCACACAUCCCCAGGCGGCUUCUAGCUUUCUUGUUCCUUGCAUAGUUUCACUCAAAUCUGCCCUUUCGUGUGUUGUUUCUUAGUAAAAUUCACUGGAUAGCGAGCUCUCCAUGUUCCACUGCUGACAGUGUGCCUCCUCACAGGGAAGGAAUUUCUGUCACCUGACUGGAGGAGCUAAUACUGGUUUUUUACUUGGUUGCUUUGUUUUGUCUUUUAAUCAUUUCGUGGCUCUGUAAUGCCUUUGCCUGUUUACACACAGUCCCCAAAAAUGGAUUGUUGGUGCUGGU